UCUCAGAAAGAUAAAGCUAGGAUGAGGGUUUGGGCGGGAGGGGGCGUGUUCAAUCUGCACAAACUCGAGGCAAUGUGGAAACCCCCCCUCGGCGUGUCAUUCAUAAAGCCACAACUGCCGAGUUUGGACCUCCAGAAGAGACGCAUGCUGGGGACUGAGUGGAUAAAGUUUUCUAGUGGGGAGUUUAAAACAGCAACAGCUUCAACGAUGCAGAGACAUUCAGUUCUGACCUUCGCAGCGGUUCUGGCCCUGCUGCUCACUCCGCUGCAGAGCAUGGAGGCCGGGACGUUCCAAAGCGCUUUCCCGCAUCCAAACAAAUACAACCCGAACGAAUCGGAGAGGUGCCUCCAGCCCCCGAUCACCGCGCUCAUCUCCCGCGGGACCGGCCCCGCCGCCUCGACCGACGAGGUGCUGGAGUCCAGCCAGGAGGCGCUGCACGUCACGGAGCGUCGCUACCUGCGGCUGGACUGGUGCAAGACGCAGCCGCUGAAGCAGACCAUCAGCGAGGAGGGCUGCCUGAGCCGCACCAUCAUCAAUCGCUUCUGCUACGGGCAGUGCAACUCCUUCUACAUCCCGAGGCACAUGUACCAGGACGGGAGCGCCUUCAAGUCCUGCUCCGCCUGCAAACCCAAAACCUUCAGCACCGUCACGUACACCCUCUACUGCCCGGGACAGACGCCGAGUACCAGGAAGAAACGGGUCCAGCGCGUAAAGCAGUGCCGCUGCACCACCAUUGAUAUGGAUUAGACCGAAACUGUUGACUGGUUGGAUAUUGCUGACUUUGGAAAGAUUAAAGGAGGCACCAAAAAACAAAACAACAACAACAAAAAAAACUGUCUGAGGAACUUGCAGGAUUAUUACAGAGGAAAAGUGUCCAACAAUUUAACACUAAAUUUGCUCAUCACUCUGUCAGAUGCGGAGGUUUUGUUUGCACAUGAUUGAUGCCAAAGUCAAAGGAUUAGUUAAGUCAGAGUGUUAAUGAGACUGGGUUUAAGCUAAAGGCACAGGAUGGUUUGUAACAGUUUAAAGUGACACAUUUGUUGCAGGUUUAAUGAGGAGGGACUGUCAAGUGUUGUAUAGUUUCCACUGUGUGGGACGUGAAGCCGAAAGGCGCUGAUGAUAUAAUUUUGUAUUUUUUACAACCUGCACUGCUAAACGCCACUUGAAUAUACGACCGUGUACAGUUUCUGUAUCGUGUAUUGUCGUGUAAAUAAAAAACAGCAUUCAAGCUACUUCAUCACA